AAAGAGUCAGACAUGGCUUAGCAACUGAACAACAAUAUCUAAAGGCAAAGCAAAGAAGAGCUUUUUUAGACAAAAGGAUUGGGCUAAAUACUAAUGCUCUGAAGUAGGCAUUUAGUCAUUAAGAGAUGCCUUAGCUAAAAUUUUUAUAUUUUCAAGUGUAUUGAGCAAAGCAGUUUCUCCAUCAGUCCUAUGUUCAGCAGUGGAUCAGAUAAAAAUCAUUUGUUGGAACUCAAUCUAUUCAUGGAUAUUUUAAUUAACAGUAGGAUGUUACUCCAUUAAUACCAGAGUUUACUAAUAUCUGAUUUUCUCUAGUCACUUUCUAAAUCAUAGGAUCUGCCUUCUAAUUGUGCAUAUCACUCUUUUUUUUUUUUUAAACGAAUCUUUACCAAAGUUUAGAGCUGGCACCAAGAAGGAAGUAUAACAAUAAUUUAGAAAUGCCACUAGAUAUGGCUAUUCUCAGGUCCUUUGCAGUUUUUUAUAGCCCUAGGAUGCCUUCCAGUUAAGCAGGUUAUAAAGUAGCCUACUCUCUGUAGUGGGAAUUUCCUAAAGUACACCUUUCUCUCCUCAGAAUCCAGGCCCCAUUAAUAUUAUUUUUAAAAUAUUUCCCUUAGGUAAUAAAAUAAGAGCCAUUUACUGUGCAUAAAACCCUAAUUUUCUUUAAGCCUCUUAAUAGGAACCAAGGUUACAUUCUGUGAGAAGCAGCUUUCUCAACCUUCAUCUGUAGGUUUGAAACCUCGAUAUUCUCGAAGCCCACACUUUCAUCCUAGAAAAGAUAUCAGAGCAGAGGAUUCAAUUUUUACUCCACCUUCUUCCACUGAUCUUGUUAAAGUAGAGUCUUGGAUAACUAUUUUAUCCAAUAAUAGAAAACAACUAGCACCAUGUGUGGUCUGGUAAAAAAUAUGAGGGAUUUUGAUGUGCCUAAGGUUAAAUGUUUUUGGUUUUUUUUAAGGGAGGUAAAAAAAUCUUAGUAGCCAGAACAUUGGAGGUACAGGAUAAAAUCAUGGUUUCCUUUAUUAAUUCACACACACCUAAAUAACACAGACUUAAAAUCUGUAACAAACAGAACAAAGGUUAUAUAUAUAGAACAAGUAUCUUGAUAAAGUUUGAAAAGUUUGGUCAUCAUCUGGCUCUUACCACAUGAUAAUGUCAUAUACAACCACUUAAAAACAUCUUUGGUGUUUGGAUUUUACAGUUUUAUUCCAGAUGUUUUAUAUUUUUUAGACACAGCAUGGCAUAUAUACAGAAUAUACAUAGGAACAAGUCAUUUGUUGCAAUAAGAUAAAUUCAAAAAUCUAUCUUAUUAGGGAGAUAAUAUCUAUAGAUGAUUCUAGCUUCCACAUUACUUUGUUUUCAUUAUAUUUAGGUUUGUUUAUAUUCUACUUAUAUUAAAUAUUUUUGAUAAGACAUUUCAAAUCCUAGGUUUACAUCAGAAAUUUUGCCAGAUAUUAAUAUAUAGACAAUUUGUAUAUAUAAUAUCUGGAAAUCUGUCAUAUGACCAUGUAUUUUAUAUCAAUUACUAUGGCCAAAGUUGACACUACUCUUAAAUAUACUUAAAGGUAUCUCCAUAUCUAGCUCUGGCCCUCUUUUUUUAUUCAUAUGGGAAGUGUAAGGGUUCUUAGAGCAUCUUAGCAAGUAUAAGCAUUCACUGCACAUAUCAUGUACAGUUCAACACAUUUUUCUUCUUUUAACACAGUGGCACUGUCAAUAUUCCUUUGUAUCUUUCAUUCAGGUCUUAGUUUGUGAGAUUUCUGGACUUUCAAAACAUUAACUUCGAUUAAGUAAAACUUAACCAUGACAUUAUUUUUCACCUUUUAAAUACAAAGCUUGAUUGUCUGCUUUUACAGAUUAGAAAAGUUUAUUAUUAAAAAAACACCACACUAAGUAGAACUUUUUAAAUUAAAAAAUGGCCAUGCCAACUUCUCUUUAAAUGCUGCCUGUUUAAUAUAUAUCCCAAUUUUCUUCUGCAAAAACAUAUUCUUUUCAAUAAUAAAGAAUAGAAAUUAUUACAUAAAUAAGUAAUAUUUAAACUGACUACAUGGAAAUUUAUUAUAGCAUUUAUUUAAAUUUGAUUGCACAAUGCUAGGAGUCUUAUUUUCUUCACUACUUAAAUUUUAUGUCCACUCAUAUAACUAGAGUUGGUUUGCACCUCUAUUAGGAAAGAGUAAGAAUUACAUAUUUUUUUAAUUAUAUAUUAAAACUUUCUUGUAAAAAAAACUUUCUUAUAAUAUUAGAAAGAAAACCCAGUUAUAACGAGUUAACUUUUUUUAACCCUGACUCAUGAAGAAUGAUGAACUACCAUUGAUGUAUAUAUUUUUGGAGUAUUUCACCAAAACGUUUCUGGGCUAAAAUAUUUAUCUUUAGGAAUAAAAUGUAAUAUAGCACAGUUAUAGAAUAAAUAAUAUAAAGAUAUUCUGACACACCCAAAGGCCAAUCCAUCUAUUGAGAAUAUUUUAUUUUUCUACAUUAAUUUUGAAAGUAGCAUGCUAUAUGUUAUGGUCCAAUGUUCUAUAAUUGGAGCCCUAAUCAAAAUAUGAUGAAACAAUCUAAUACUCCACUUGUCUGGUAUUUUCAGUAUACAUUUUAAUCCCAUAUUUAUAAUUCAUGCUUAUUAGGUAUACACCAGAGCAUUUUUUUCUAAAACUAAUAAAUUUCUAGAGUCCAAGAAUAAUUGCAUUUUGCUUCAAAAACAGAUUUACAUUGGUAUUUUUCUUAGGUAAUAUAUUAUAGGCAAAUGUUCUCUUUACCAAAAUGUUUUCAUGUAUUUCCACAGUGCAUUUACUAAAUUCUGUAAAGAUGACAUUACUUCAUCUUUCUCUUCAGAUAUAAAAUAAAGAAAAAAUGCAGGUAGUGUUAAAGUCAAUGUAUCCCUAAAAAAAAAAACCUGUUCCAUUUAAAUUGUGAUAUUUUCCUCUUAUUUUAUAGCUAAUAUAAAACAUAUGUUAUAUAUAUAAAUAUAUAUAUAGCUAUAUAUAUUAUAGCUAAUAUAAAACAUAAUAUAACAUAUCCAUGAUAGCAAAAGCAGCUUUAAUAACUAUGAGAUCAAUGUUUUAGCUUUUAAUUAUCUUUUUAUGUCAUUUUAGCUUUUUGUUAUAAUUGUUACAUGUUAUAUCACAUGUUUACAUGUUAUAAUUGUUACAAUUAGCUUUUUGUUAUAAGUCAUGAUAUAAAAAUGAACUAAGAUAAGACUAAACCUUAGCCUCAUAUAGUUCUGAAACAACCAAUGAUAGUACACAAAGGAAAUGUUUAAUUAAUAUAAAAAGUAUUACCUAAAAAAGCAUAUCUUUUUUUUUUGUUCUGGAGAAAAAAUCUAAAGGAUAGCAAUUUUAAAGUAUACAGUAACAAUUUGAGAUUAUUUUUAAUACUUUCAGUGUGUUUCUUGCUAGUCAUAUUUAAGAUCUUAGUUUUCAAAAUGUCUUAACUUUGGUACCAAAGAAAGCUACAGAAUAUCCACUUCUAUAACAUACUUUUAACAACACAUAAAAGAAACUCCCUAAAAUCCUUAUUAAUAUGCCUAUUAUGCAAACUAUGUUUUAAAAGAUACUAAUAGAUGUAAAUUUUUCCUACCCUAUAAAGUCAACCUUAGGAUUAUUUUAUUCAGGCAGGGAGAUUAUUUUAUCCAUAAGCUGAUUUUUAUGUGGACAUUUUAAUAAGAAAAAAGUUUAUUCUUUGAGGAUUAUUAACUAAUAGACUUUUAACUGGGUCAAUGUCAUCAUGAACGUUAAGAAUAUUUCUAUUAUAUUCAGCAAAAAACACUCCUUCCAAAUCUUAAAAUGGUAUGAACGUCCAACCAUCAAUUUUCAUGCAAUUAACCAUACGUAUUUUCAAACAAUUCAUUUUAUUUUAGUACUUAACAAUUUUCUUCUAUAAUACCAAAAUGGGCUUCUUAUACACUGUAACUUGAUUUAUUUAAUUACAUUCCAGUAAUGAGUUGUAAAAUGAAACUGAACUCAGGACUAAAAAGUUUCUCUUUGAAAAAAUUUAGGGAGUUUCCAUAGAAUAAUUUUUACAGAAAUUUAAAUAUGAAGAGUUAAUGCAAUAAUUUGAAUUUACCAGGACUGAAGAGUCUUUGCUGUAGGAAAGCCUUUGUAAAUUCCUUUAGUAAGUGAAUUUUAAUGGUAAUGUUAAGAAUGUAGAUUAUGUAGAUGAUGUAGGAUAUUUUUUUAUAAUAUUUCACUCUGAUACUAUUAGCAAGUCAUAAUCUACAAUGCAAAUACUGGGAAAGUACCCAUCAUGCCUUGCUAACUUGGGACUGCAUAGUUUGAAUUUAAAGAGUUUGGAAGAAAUUACUUAUAACAUAAAGAUGUAGAUGUUCCUAGCUUCCAUGUUAACAAGGACUUUAAUAUACAAUUUAGAUGAUAACCAAGAGACCUAUAUACACAUAGGUUUCAUCCUAAACUUCUUCAAGGUGUAACCCAUGUCCAACUUUAGCUACAUUUCAUUAAAAAAGUAAAAUAUGACAGUGUUCUUUAUGAAAUUCAUAAUAGAGUCUCUACAGAAUUUGUAGAAGUUAAAACACGUCUUGACUGUCAUAUGUGACAUAUGUCAGAUAUAGUUUACCAGGAGUUAUCCAAUAUGUGGCAUUUUAGCUAACAGGGUGGUAUUUGCUUUGGUAGUAACUGGAGUCAAGGGCAUUUAAUCUGGUUCCUGCAAGCUUGUUAGCAAAGAUGUCAUAAGAAUACAGUAAUAAAUGUUCAGUAAAGUCGUAGAACUUAAAUUGUUAGUAAGUAGAUGAGCCUUGUAAUAAGUUUGUUUGUAUUAAAACUGUAUGUAUGAAAUGAAAAAGUUUCAGUGUGACCUCAUAAAAUUCUCUGGCUUUAUUACUAUAAUAGUUAAUUCAAAUAAAAUUUGAAUAUUGCCAUGUUUUCAUGUUUAGAGAUAAAUGUAUAAAGUAUUAAUUAGUAAAAUGUUAUUUUUAAAUACUUGGAUUCAUGAAUUUAUGACAACAUACUUUCACUUAGAGAACUGUUGGAUUCAAAAAUUUGGAACACUUCUGAAAAUAAGAAAUAAUCUUAAGGAAAAAGAAAAAAGAGACUAUAAAGUUAUUAAAGUCUUUAACCAUUUACACCAAUACACAUAAGCAGCAUAUAUAAAGGAAACUAUUGAAAGCAAGAAAAGAAAUAUAUUUCAUUAUAAGGUAAGUAUUUUUCCUAGGUUUCUUUUUUGGCACUCAUAUGUUUGGCACUCAUAUGGCACUCAUAAUCUAGCUAUCAAGAACUAACUCCUCACCAUGAAACACUGAUUAAUGUAUUUCAAUUAAGUGUUCUUAUUUAGACUUCUCAUUUUCAGAUCUCUGGAUCUGAUUUUACUACUUCCUCUUCCUCACAAUACAAGGCUCCGUACACACUCCGGGAUUGUUGUGGUGUUGGUGUUAAGGAUGGGGCUGAGGCUCUGGCACUAAAACAAGUUUGAGUCUAGGCUCUCCUGUUUUAUAAGCUGUAUAAGUUUAGCUAAGUUACUUAACUUCUCUGGUGUCUCAAUUUCUUAUCAGUUAAACAGAGUUGAAAGAAUGCUUACUAGGGUUGAUGGAAAGAGUAAAUGAGAGAACACAAAUGAGGAACACAGAACUGGUGGUCCUCCCUUCACCUUCACUUACUAUUGAACUAACAGGAAAAUUGGUAAAAGUAUGGCCAUGGGAUUGUUCUCUUUUAAUAAUCUAGAAAGGACUCAUUGAACAGGUAUAUUUGUUGGCAUUUCUACUCAAAAAGCAAGUGAAUAACAAUUUUCACAGAAGCAUGCAUGGAAAAAGACAAGGUUUUAAGAGUAACAAAAACCUUACCUGCUAUAAUGUUUUCAUUUUUUUCUACCCUUAGAAGUGAUGAUACAGUAAGUGGUGAGCAUUAAAGACUGAAAUGCUAACAUCUAGUAUAAGUUAUUUUACUUUCUCAUUGCCUAGUUUCUCUGAACUCACAAAUGGCAGUUUAAUUUCUUUCCAAAUUGGAACAUUUCUUGUCAUCUUCAAUUUUAACUUUUUAUAUUUUGAGGCUGUUAGAUUAUACAAGUUUAAUUGUUAUAACUUAUUGGUAUAUUGUUCCUUUUAUAUUCAGUCUCACUUCAUCUUUAGUAAUGAUUAUCCCCUCAAAAUAGAUUGUCUACUAUUAUGAUGCCAGCUUUUUUUUGGUUAAUUUAUGCCUCUUCAUGUCUUAUUUUCUGUUAUGUUUAAGUAUAUACCUUUUAACUACAUAUAGCUAACUUUUUAAAUUUAAGCUUCAAUACUGCUUCCUUUUGACAGAAAUUCCAUCCUAUGAUGUUUUAAUUACUGAUAUAUUUGUAUUUAUUUCUGCCAUGCCAUUAUGGGUUUUCUUUUACCAUAUUUUUCAUUUUUCUUUGCUCUUUUUUUCACCUUCCUGUCUUCUGUUGAAUUGAGUUCUUUAACAUUUCAUCUUGCUAAGAAGAAAUACAUUCCAGUUGUGUUAUUUUAGUGAUUAACCAAAUUAUGUAACAUGCUUGUUAACUUUUAUUUGUAAUAUUUGUAGCCUUUUAACCAGUAGACAUUUCUAGAUUAGUUCAAAGGAAGUCAAACUACUGACACUAUCAUAUUUAAUGUGUUCCAAAGUAAAAGUUAUUAUCCUUUUAAAAUAUUUUAAUUAGGAAAAAUGUGUAAUUAGUCACACUUUUAUUGACUGUAUUAAGAGAAUAAAACAAUGAUUCAUAUCUGUAUCAAUCAUAAACUAGUUCUUGAAGGUUCACCUCCUGUUCAAUCCCAUAAACCAGUGACUGUCAACCAAUGAGGGGGUAUACGUACCUUGAGAGUGGUAGCAUAGAGGUUAGUACCAUUUUACCCAUACCAUACACGAAGAUAACUGGCAUCAUCCACUUCCAGUUAUUCCUAGAGCUGUCCCUUCAGCUUACCUAAGUGAGUCUUCUAGGCCCUCUGCAAAUGUUUCAUCCAAAAAUCCUUAAUGAUGUGAAGGCAGAUCUCAUCUCUCCUUGGAGUUAUUUUCUUCUUGCAGAUCAUACAUUUGGUUUCCUGAAACAUCCUGACAUUUCAUACCAUCAUUUUCUUAAGUAAGGAGCUGUGGACUUAUGGCUUGGAGAGAUCCCUAAAUCCAGUUUGAGAUUCCUGGAGCAUUGAUCAUUUCCUCCUUUCACCAUCACCUUCAACAAACGCAACAGAACAGAUCUGAAUAAGCUUAAACAACAGAGUUUGCUGGUCUCCCUCCCCUAUCCUGCAAUUUAAUUCCUUACAGAUUUUGCCAUGGGGUGCGGACUUAGAAAGCUAGAAGACCCUGAUGAUAGCAGCCCUGGAAAAAUAUUUUCUACCCUGAAGAGACCGCAAGUGGAAACAAAGACAGAAUUUGCUUACGAAUAUGUAUUGCUGGACUUUACAUUACAAGCUUCACCAAACCCAGAAGUCAUCAAGAUAAAUUCCAUUCUUGAUAUAGUGACAGAAGUGGAAGACUACUAUCUUAAAGGAUAUAUUGUUGGAGCUAUUCAUCCUGUUAUACAACCUGUGGGGCAGCAAAAACACUUGCCUGCAAGUUACCUAUACAGGGUGGUGCUGUCGCGCUUGAAAUUAAGCACGAAGCAUUCGACAGCACCCAGUGGACAAAGACGCCCAAGGCUUGUGAUUGAGGAAUGUCCUCUAACUUAUGAGACACAAACAAAUGACGUAACAAAAGAACUGAUAGAAAAGGUUAAUGUAGCUGCUAAAAGAGGAAUGAGAUUUGUUGGAUUCAUAUCACAGCACUCCCCAUCACUUAAAUUCUGCAAUGGAACCAACCAUGAUGGAGACAUUGAAUCAACACUGCAUGUGAGACACAGUCCAGAGGAAAACUGUAAAAUCUGGAGUGAAGGAACAUUAAGUGGGCAGUCAUCUGAAAGUGGAAUCGAGGAAGAACUACAUCAUGAAAGCGGACAUUGUCAAAUGGAACGAGAUGGCAGCCCCAGUUUCUCUAGAUCAAGAAAAGAAGAUAACAAGUUGUAUACAGUCUUCAAUGUUUUUGAUGAUGAAUCAACCUCCUGGAACUAUCAGGAAGGCAUCCUGUCAAUGAAAGUAACAAGAAAAGGCUCUGUCAUUAGUACACUUGAUGCUGAUUGGCUGGAGUUAACUACAUUUUAUUAUAAACAAGGCUUGUCUUUAAUUGAUUCUUUUGUAUGCUGGGAAACAUCUAAAGGGGAUCACUUGUCAAAAUCUUUGGAAGGAUUCUUUAUCUAUGAAGAAGAAGGCUCUGGAGUACCAGGUUUCAGCAGGAAAGGAAAUGAUGCCAUCGUAGUAGAACAAUGGACAGUUAUUGAGGGCUGUGAAAUCAAGACAGAUUACGGUCCUCUGCUGCACACUCUGGCUGAGUUUGGAUGGCUCCUGACAAGCGUGCUGCCUACGCCUAUACUGAGACACGACAGUGAGGGGAAUUUGGCUACAAAGCAGGUUGUAUUCCUUCAGAGACCAGUUAUGUGGAAUUCAGCUGCUCAAACACCAGAAAGGAAAGGCAGCCGGCACGUGAAAAGUGAAGACAGGAGUAAAGCCCCAAGCAGGAGCGUCAGCUUGGACACAGACCUGUUACAGCCCGCAGAGAGCAGAAGCCCGCCUGAGGACUGCCUACUCGCCCCUUCUAGGGAAUGCUGGAUGAAGGAGAAGAGGCCAGCCCAGCCCAGCAGCUUCUCUGGCAGCAAUAGUGACAGCGUCCUGCGGGAACUAGAUGAUGGACAGUUUGACCAGGAAGACGGAGUAACUCAGGUCACUUGUAUGUGAGCAAAGAAGGAAAGCAACAGACAUUCUGUAAAUAAUUAUUAAAGUAAUUCCCAAGUUACUUAACUGUAUUACUUUACCUGCAUUUAUGGGAUCCUUUGAAUCUUUCCAGACUCAGGCUUUCCUCUAAUCUACGUAAACUUAGGCUCAACCUCCCAGGCAAGGAAGAGUAACCGAGAUAUUUGUAAAUUUAGAAGCUUGUUUCACAGUUUUCUCAACUAAAACAUCUGUUUAAACAGAUGCCUCAUUAAGAUAUCAACCAAUAAUGUACUUAUGAUGUUUCUCAUGAAUAUGCAAAGUAUAUUUUUCUUACAAUUGCUGGUAAGACAAGUAAAUAUCUCAAUCAGUAUUUUUACCUAAUUAGAAAAUUCUCAGGAAGUUAGAGUCUUACUUAAGCUGAAAAUUUUCUCUUUCCCUCUCUCUCACGCACAUAUAAAGGGCUAAAUAAUAAAAUACCUAUUUCCUGAAUAUAACAAUUAAUCCAAGUUUUGUCUUUAAGUAUGGCAUGUAUUUACAAAGCAAAUCCUUAUUUGUUAAAAUAUCCUUGAAAAAAAACUUUUUUUUUAUGUCUUUGGUUUUAAAGGGUCACCAUGUUACCAACAUUGUACUGAUUCAUCACACUUAACCUUUCUUGCAUCUAAUAGUCUAGAAAUAGAGUGAAGCAUCAUCCCUUAAAAUUCAAUAUGAAAAGAACUCACAAUGUCCAUGUUUAAAAACCUUAGUAGACAGAAUUAAUUCUUUUUUUUUUUAUUUUAAAUAAUCUGAAAAGGGAAACACCAAUUUUAAAUGAAAACUGAAGCAUUUUACAUCUGUCUAGAUGUAAAUUAUGCUUUUAUUUUGAUUGCUAAAGCAUGAAGAAUGUGGAAACCCAGAAUUUUCUGUCCUACAGGAGUAAAGAGGUGCUCACAACAUAUGUGAUAUGUAUGGUGACCUAUUUGUUCCAUCUCUGCUUUUUUUCCUCUGCUAGCAGGGGAGCCUUUGCCUUGCCAAACCUUUAACAGGUAAAGAUUAAAAUUUCACAAAAUAGAAGAAUUUCAUUUUAUCUAUGAAAGACUUUGAAAUGUGGGAAACUUCAAAUGAAUUACAACUGUGCUGUUGAUGAGUUCGGCCUAUUAUAUAUUUUUAUUAGCAUUGGUGUUGACAUUAUAAGCUCAUUUGAAUAACAAAAUGUCAUUUGUUAUUGGGCUAUUGUCUUACUGAACACUAAUGCUCAUAAUAUGUUUUACAUAUAUGACAGGUAUGUAUUACAUGUUAUCAAAUAUAUCGUGUAACUGAUCGCCAUGAAUUGAUGGUAAGAUUGACGUGCAAUUAUUCCGCUUCUACCAUGCGCAAGCAUUACCUUGGUAUGUGUAAAGGAAUGUAGAAUAUUCUGCUCAGUACUCUUCUGUGGAAAUAGCUACCAUCACUGUUUGCAGAAAUGUUUUUUGUUUUGACUUUUAGAGAACCUGAGUUCCAUAUUUAAGAGUUGGUGAAUUUUUGGUAGAAAUAAAUACUGCUACUGAAGCCCACAAAAUGCCGUGAGUUAUGAAACACAGGUAAUAAACUCAGAAAAAUGGGACUGUUUUUCCCAAAGGCAGGGUUUACAACAGGCAGAGAUUCUGGUAUAUAUUCUGUCAAUAUACAGAAGGAAUUUGAUGUAUUAAAGACAGAGCUAGAAAUUUAUAUUGACUAAAGAAAAACUCAGAAAUCUUGCUUUUAAUUUUUUUUAAAUUUGCAUAAGAAUGUUUUCUUUUCAGUUUGUUUUUAAUGUUAUUUCUUAUUUUUUUAAAAAAAACCUUUUAUUAGAAUAGACUUAGUAGUUGUACCCUCAAAGCCCAUUUUAUAAGCAUUUACUCCAGUAUUCACCCAUAAGUUAUGUGACAAAUUUGUAUGAUAGUGAAUAAAUAAUUACCAGGUGGUUCUAGAGCAUUAUAUAUAAGUAA